AUGGCAGACGUAAAAAAUGGCAUCAAGGAAUACCCCCUUUCCCGAGAUUUAUCUGACUUCAACAGACUCAAUCUUCAGCAUUACCUAUGGAAAGACAUCUUUGGCUACGCCCUCCACCCUAAGGUCCCCCGGGAUCAAAAGAGUUUGAAGGUUGCUGAUGUAGGCACGGGAACUGGUAUAUGGCUGCUGGACAUGGCAUCGCAAUUGGACGAUGAUUCAGCGGAGUUCGUAGGAAUUGAUACGGAUGUAACCCAAGUCGGGCCUGCCGAAUGGCUCCCACAGAAUCUCUCGAUUAGACAGUGGAGUGUAUUCACGGACGUCCCAGAGGACCUUGUUGGGAAAUUCGACAUCGUGAAUAUACGCCUCUUUUGCUGGGUAAUUGAGACAAACCCUGCAGCCGUAUUGCAGAAACUCACCAAGUUAUUAAAGCCCGGUGGAUACUUGCAGUGGUGCGAAUUGGAUAUGGAAUCGAUGCGGAUCGAAACCAUUUCGCCAGAUGUACCAACGAACUCGCUAGAAACGCUUUGGGCACAGGCAAUUCCCAAUGACUCCCUUAUGGUCCCCACAUGGGUCAAAGAGUUACCACGAAUGUUUGAAGAUGAAGGCUUAGUAGGAGUCACAGCGGACUGGCAGAUAGGAAAGCGUCACACAUGCCUCUCGAUACACUGGUGCAACCUACCCACCCUCAAGAUGGUCGCUGAUAAGUUAAGACCAGUGAAUCCGGAGAAGGCGUCAGAAAUUGACCAGUUGGUCGACGUGGCAUUUUCUCAAUCACGAAAGGGGGCCAUGUUUCAAUACAACAGAGUGGUGGUCAUCGGCCAAAAGCCAGAGAAAUAG